AGGAGAGUGACAAAUUAGGUUGGUCAAAAGUAGUAGCCCACUUCAGUCUAGAAACUACUCCUCGCCUCGAUUUCAUCGACGCCACCAUCUGGGACACACUCACACACAUUAACACAUACAAGUGUCCAAUUCUCUGCCCAAGUCUUUGUGUUCUAAACCACUUUACUUUUCAUCUCUCUCCCUCUCUCUCUCUCUCUCUCUCGCUCUCUCUCCCGGUUUAUUACAGUGUUUACAUAGGUCUUGAUUAGUAUGUUGCUUAAAAGUGUUUUAACCACAGCUUAUAAUGUGGAUCAUUGGAGGGCAUCGGAUCAAUGUCGUUUCUUGAGCCCAGAUUCGAUCUCGAUUCGCCGCCGGACACCCAUUUCGCGGUGGCGAUCCCCGACUUUUUCGGGGAAUUACGCGAAUGGGGUGAAUGCGCAGGUGUUGGGGGUUAAGAAGGAGAUGGAGAGGGAGAGAGAGGGAGAGAAGACUAGCUUGGCGGAGAAAUUGAGGUUGGGGAGCUUGACUGAAGAUGGCUUGUCUUAUAAGGAGAAGUUUAUUGUGAGGUGUUAUGAGGUUGGGAUUAAUAAGACUGCUACUGUUGAAACCAUUGCUAAUCUCCUCCAGGAGGUUGGAGGCAAUCAUGCACAGAGUGUUGGAUUUUCAACUGAUGGAUUCGCAACUACACCCACUAUGAGAAAAAUGCACCUAAUAUGGGUGACUGCGCGGAUGCACAUUGAAAUCUACAGAUAUCCUGCUUGGAGCGACGUGGUUGAGAUAGAGACUUGGUGCCAAAGUGAGGGUAGAAUCGGGACUAGACGCGAUUGGAUCAUUAAGGACUUUGCAACUGAUGAAGUUAUUGGGAGAGCUACUAGCAAGUGGGUGAUGAUGAACCAAGAUACUAGACGGCUUCAGAAAGUCAGUGAUGAUGUUCGAGAUGAAUAUUUAGUUUUCUGCCCCAAAACACCAAGAUUAUCAUUUCCUGAAGAGAAUAAUAAAAGCAUGAAGAAAAUAUCAAAACUGGAAGAUCCUGCUCAGCAUUCUAGGCUAGGACUGUCGCCAAGAAGAGCUGAUCUGGACAUGAACCAGCAUGUAAACAAUGUUGCCUACAUUGGAUGGGUUCUUGAGAGCAUUCCCAAGGAAGUCCUUUAUACGCAUGAGCUGGAAACCAUAACUUUGGAUUAUAGACGUGAAUGCCAGCAUGACGAUGUUGUUGAUUCUCUUACUAGUCCGGAGCCAGACGAGGAUACUGCAGUGACAAAGGUUAUAGGAACUAAUGGUCAUGCUGCAGCAGUAACAGAAGCCAAGGAUGACUCGCUCAAGUUCUUGCAUUUUUUGAGAGUGUCAGGUCAAGGGCUCGAAAUAAACAGGGGUCGUACAGAGUGGAGAAAGAAAUCAGAAAAAAGAUGAGCUUAAGCUUAUUAAGUUUCAGAAUUCCCCUAUUCUUGUGGUCGUUCCAUAUCUCUUUUAAACAUCUUGGUGUUGUCUAGAGGAAUUUUUGUUUAGAUAUGUUCCCUUGUUAGGAGCUAUCUAAUUUGUUCAUGUAAAAUGUUGUGUUUUGGGUAUCUGUUUUACUGAAUAAGCAACCUAUUACAUAAUAUUAGUAUUAGAAGUUAAAAGUUUA